AUGAUCACAAGAUGGGCACCCCGUCAUAGCACCACCACCACCACCACGGCCGCCGCAGCCGCGGUGACACUCGCCGUCCGCCGGCCGGCUAUCCGUCCUCAUUGCCGCCCAUCAUCGCCAUUACCACCGCGCCGCCGCCUGCUCUCCACCAGCUUUCCCCCUCGGCGCGAAGAGCGCAAGGCCCCCGACCCGCGCAUACGGGACCUCGGCCGGCAAAUCGCCGACGACUACGCCACCAUCCGCGACACAUAUGCCACGCCGCGGCACCCCAUCGUCCUCGCCCACGGCCUGCUGGGCUUCUCGGAGCUCUCCAUCUCGGCCCUCCUCCCGCCGCUGCAGUACUGGCACGGCAUCCGGCAGGCCCUCACCGCGCAGGGCUGCCCCCUCGUCGUCGCCGCCACCGUCCCGCCCUCGAGCUCCAUCGAGGAGCGUGCCGCCAAGCUCGCCGUCGAGAUCUCCUCCGCCUUGUCCUCCUCCUCCUCCUCUUCCUCCGUCGCAUCCUCCUCACCGUUCCCGGCUUCUCGGGGUUCAUCCGGCGCGGCGGAUGUGGGCGCCCGCGGCGACGACGACACCCGCACGCCCGUCAACAUCAUCGCCCACAGCAUGGGCGGCCUCGACGCCCGCCACCUCAUCUCCAGCAUCCUCCCCUCCUCGCCGCAGCACAACUUCCGCGUCGCCUCCCUCGUCACCAUCUCCACCCCGCACCGCGGCAGCCCCUUUGCCGACUACGUCCUGAGCGACUCGCGCCGCCGCUCCCUCCUCCACCUGCCGCGCUUCUACUCGCUCUUCCGCGCCGCCGGCCUCAGCACGAGGGCCUUUGCCCAGCUAGGCACCCGCUACCUCGCCGACGACUUCAACCCCGCCAACCCGGACGACCCCGCCGUGCGCUACUUUUCGUACGGCGCGGCCCUCCACACCGCCCAGCUGCCGAUGCUGAGCCCCUUUCGCCUGUCGCAUGGUGUCAUUAGGGAGGCCGAGGGCGCCAACGACGGGCUGGUCAGCGUGGAGAGCAGUCGCUGGGGCGAGUACAAGGGCACGCUGCUGGGCGUGAGCCAUCUCGACCUUAUCAACUGGCCGAACAAGGUGCGGUGGACGGUGCGCGAAUGGAUGGGCAUCAAGAGGAACUUCAAUGCCGUGGCCUUUUACCUCGACAUUGCCGAUAUGCUGGCCAAGGAAGGCUACUAG